AUUAAAAUGGCUUGUCAUUUCGUAAAUGAAUAAGAAGUUCUUGAAUAUGCUUCAAUCACUAGUUCUCAUCAUGAUGACAGUUCAGAGAAUGAUAGUCAAAGUGAGGAUACAAGAUAAGGUAAUUAAAUUAAGAAUCCCAUACUUUUAAAAUCUGAGUCUUAGUUUUCAGAGAGUGACUUGUCAAAUAAAAUAAAAUUACCAAGAGGUGGAAGUGUUGUAAUGACAAAGGUUGGUGCUAUAUAAUUCAGUAUGGUUCCAGAAACAUUAAAAGAUAGUAUCAAUUUAGGUUUGGAUGUACCUGGAAUAUUUAUUGUUCCUUCACAUAGAUUCGAUAAAAGAUUUUGUUUAUCUGUUGCAGAAUUUGAAUUUCCUGCUUAUUUCAGUUUUUUUGUAAAGAGAAGAAGAGUAACUUUGAUAACAGAUAAGGAAGGUGAAGAAGCAAUUAGAGCAAUAUUUUAAGAAACUCUACUUGGACCAAAAGAUUUAUCUAAAUUUGAUGAUGAUUUUAGUAAUGAUUACAAGUUUAAACCUGAUAUAUUGAAAGAAUUAGGGCAUUUUGCUAAAAAUCCUUUCAAUCCUAAUGAACCAUUAACUGUUGAUUUAUUAGUCAAUUUUUUAAUUUUUGAUGAAUAAAAUUAAGUUAAUUUAGGUUAGGAUGUGAUAGUAAGAAAGGAGGAUUAAAAAUUUUUGAUAUAUGAAAAUGGAAAAUAGAUAGCAAAAAUGAAAAAUAAAGUUGAAAUAUUAAUUGAUGAUGCAAAAUCAAAUGCUUAUAUAAAAUAUGGAUUAUUUAGUAAUCCUAAUGAUUAAUAAAAUGUUGAACACUAUUUUGAAUAGACAUUUACACCUCCAACUUUUGGAGUAACAGUUUUGGGUUGUUCACAUGGAUUUGAUCCAAAAGGAUCAGUAUCAGGCUAUAUUUUUUGGAUAAAUGGUUUAGGAGUUAUGUUAGAUCCACCUCCAUUUACAACACUUUUAUUGAGAAAGAAUGGAAUACCUAGUAGACUAGUAAAAUGGGUGAUUAUAUCUCAUAAUCAUGCUGAUCAUGAUGCAGGCACAUUUUAAAAAUUAUUAGAAUCAGAAAAAACAAUUUUAAUAAGUACUGCAACAGUAAAAGAAAGUUUUGUUAGAAAAUAUGCUGCUGUCACUGGUUUUUCAAUUAAUUAUAUUGAAUCACUUUUUAAUUUCGAAAGAGUUAUAGUAGGAAAUCCUUUAAAAAUAAAUGGAGCAUCCUUUGAAUUUCAUUAUUCUUUACAUAGUAUUCCUUGUUUGUCUUUUACUGUAAGAUUAGGAGAUAAAUCUAUAUAUUUUAGUGGCGAUACAUUUUAUGAACCUAAUGGUUUAAAGGCUAUUUUUGAUAAAGGAAUAAUAUCAGAAUCAAGAUAUAAUUUCUUAAUAAGUGAAGAUAAAUGGAAAAAUUCUCUCAUUUUACACGAAGCAGGUGUACCUCCUAUCCAUACACCUGCUAAAAUAUUGGCUUAACUUCCAACUGAAGUUAAAGAAAAUAUUAGAUUAAUUCAUACUGCUGCUAAAGAUAUUCCUCCUGAUUCUGGAUUAAGAGUUCCAGGAGUUGGAUUAGAAAAUACAAUUAUUUUAAUUAAUCAAAGUGAAGAUUCUAGAUUAAAUGCUAUUUAAGAAUUAAGUCUGAUUGAAAAUAUUGAUUUAUUUAAACAUGCUAAUAUUCAUUAAGUAAGAUAGAUUUUUGAAAGUUAAACUAUUAAGUCUUUUCAAUAGAAUUAAAACAUUUGUGUUUACGAUGAAAUUGCAAAUGAAUUUUAUAUUAUACGUAAAGGAACUGUUAAAAUACAUUCCGAAAAUCCUGCAUUUGUCAAAUAUUUACAUUAUGGUGAUUAUUUUGGUGAAGGAUGUUUCUUUAAUCAAAAUAAGAGGAAGGCUAAUGCAACUGCUAUGGGUUAUUGUGAAUUGAUAACUCUAAGUAAGGCUGAUUUCUUGAGAAUAUUCUAAAAUGGAGAAGUAAUGUAAAAAUUAGAGAACCUCUAAAUAGUCCGUUCAUAAACUUAAAUUAUGGAAAAAAAUAAAUUCUUUUAGUAACUCACAUCCUAUUAAAAGAUUCAAAUGGAAAUGUUAUUAAACCAAAAAAGAAUUUAUUAGAAACAUUCUACAAUUUAAUAAUAUGGAGUUAUGGCUACAGUUGCGUUUUUUGUAGUAUCUGGUAAAGCAUAAGUUAUUUUACCUUCUGAUUAUGUAGUAUAAUAGUAUGAGGGAUAAUCUGUUAAAGUGAAGAGAGAAGAUUCAAUAACAAGUGAUCAAAAUAGAUAAUAGUAACAAUAAAUUAUUGAUUAAAAAAAGAAAAGACUUUCCUUGCCAAUCAAUUUAGCUAUGCUUGAAUAAUAAAAACCAAAUAUUUAAACUCCUGAAAUUUCAGAGAAAUCAUCUUUAAGUGAAAUAAAAGUAUACAAUAAUAAUUAUUAUAAUUAAGACCUAUCCUCUUACAAGUGGAAUGUUUUUUGGAGAGAUUGAUUCCAUUGUUAAUAAUAGAAGAACAAAUACAAUAGUUGAGGCUGUUGAAGAAACUGAAAUCAUCAUUUUAGAAUCAUCUUCAUUAAGAUCUUUCUUAUCUGACAAUCCUGGAUUAAUGGUUUUAUUUUAAGAGAGCAUUAUUAUUGAAUGAGAUAAAUUUAAA